AUGAGUGUGAAAAACGGGGCAGAUAUCCUUGACAGACUGAUUAAGGAUAUCGUUUCAGAGAAAGCAGCAACAUAUGUUUCUGUCCUCCAUAAGCACCAAGAGAUCAAUACCAGUAACACUUUUGUGGACCAACGCGGGAAGACUGUUCACCUUCAUGAGCCCCAGACCCCGACUGCAUUUUCCAUCGAAAAGUUCAUUCCCGUCUUGGCAGAGAGGAUCUACGUGAUUAAUCCAUACCCUAGAAUGUUCUUGGUUUCGUGGCUGCGACUGCUGGAUGAUAUCCCAGAACUGGAGCUGAUAUCAUAUCUGCCGACCUUCUUGGGUGGCCUCAUAAUCUACCUCAGUGAUACCCAUGAGGACGUGAAAGUUGUCACAAACAGUCUUCUGGGGUUGUUUUUACAGGAUAUUAAAAGAAUCAUGGAUAUCAAGAAAUAUGUGAGCGAAGAAAAGGGAACCAAUGAUGCUGUCGCCGCAUCUUCAUCUCAAUCGUUAUCCCAGAACGCUGAAGAUGUCAAUGAAUCGGAUGGUCAGUUGUAUCUACAGGGCCAGGACGUGGAAAUAGACUUCCCCAAGAUCAUAGAAAUCCUCAUAUCCAACCUGGACUCGACGGAGGAAACCAUCCAGCUGGUUGUAUUGCAAUGGAUCGAGACCAUUUUGGACUUGGCCUCUUCCAGCUUCAUCCCGUUUGUUCCAAAAUUUUUGUCGUUGCUGUUGAAGGCAAUUGCCAGUGAUAGCACCCAGCUGCGUGAAAGUGCUAAUGCUGUGAAUGCUCAUCUGAUGAAGUUGGUAUCCACAAUGCUCAGUGAUAAUGAUUCUUCGCAUGCUGAGUUGAACUACGGUCUUUUGUUCAACCAGCUGACUCUGCACUUCAUGAACGAUAAAGAGGCCACAAGACUGGCUGCUCUUGACUGGCUCACAAUGCUUCACGAUAAAAGUCCCAAGAAACUGCUUGAACAUAGCGAUAAUGCUUUUAUGACUCUGCUGAAGGCCCUGAACGACCCCAGUGAUGCUGUGAUCGACAAGGAUUUGAAGCUUCUCACCAAAAUAUCAAACGAUAGCGAUGACAGGUACUUCAAUUCCUUUAUGACAGAUUUGCUGUCUCUGUUCAAGUCAGAUAGGAAACUGUUAGAGACAAGAGGGGAUUUCAUCCUUUCCACUAUAUGUGCCACUUUGAAUGCUGAAAGAAUAUACCGUUCGCUGGCCUUGGUGCUCGAAAGUCAGGUGGACCUCGAUUUCGUUAGCAUUAUGGUCCAGAUCCUGAACAACAACCUGAUCACUGCUCCUGAGCUUUUGAAAUUGCGCAAGGUUUUGACCUCGCACCUCAAAGAGGCAGAUGAAUGGUCGCUUUUUGAGGUUCUCUUCAAGAGUUGGUGCCAUAACCCUCCUGCUGCCCUGUCUCUCUGUCUUCUUUCACAAAAUUACGAUAUCGCGUUUGCUAUCGUGGAGAGCUUAGUGGAAUAUGAAAUAACUGUCAGUCUACUAGUCCAGCUAGAUCUUUUGGUACAGCUCUUGGAAAGCCCAAUCUUUGCAAAGUUGAGGAUGCAGCUUCUCACGCCAGAGAAGAACCCAGACCUCUACAAAUGUCUGUAUGGGAUUCUGAUGAUAUUGCCGCAAUCAUCUGCUUUUACUACUCUUCGCAACAGACUGAGCAUGCUCACUCAUACGGGUGCUCUAUACAGUAUGCCUACUGCCCAGAAGGUGGGUAAAGAGAAAAUAGAAAGGACUAUCCAGUUGAUGAAGCAUUUCAUUAACGUUCAAGACAAGUAUGAGGAGUACAGGAGUCAGAAGAGGAUUCAGACAAACGUGGGAAAGAUCAAUCGGGGAUUGAAAGAUUUGCGAAUCUUCACUCCGAAGCCGCAUUUUAGUGAGGACCAAAUUUUAGGAGCGAGCUCACCAAAGAACAGUCGAUAA